CGGCUGCUCCGGCCGCUCCUUUCACUUUCCGUUUCCCAGCCCCGCUCCCCUAUGGCGGCUUGGCUCGGCCUCAGGCCGCCGGAGGACGCCGAGGAGGAGGACGAGCAGCUCUGGCAGUACGACUCCAGCUGGGAGGACGAGGAGGAGGGCGGGCAGGAAGGGCUGGCGGAGGAAGAGGAGGAUGGCGAGGAAGAGAAGCCGAGGCCGGUGUGUUCGCGAGGCUCUUCCCAGGCCGGCGGCUGGCAGUCUAGAUUGUAUUCUUUGUUCAUGAAGCUGUCUGAGUUUUUUGAGGAUCCUCUUGGUCUUUCCGAUGCACAGGAGCAAAGAAGAACAAAUGUACCAUACCUGAGUCAGAGAGGUUUUGAGUUCUCAGCUGGACGUAACUGGAGAGCAGCGAAGGACUUGCAGAGAUACAGGCGCCAUUACCCGGGUUUAGAAGAAUCGGAAGCAGAUGAAGAAGAGGAAGAGAUGUGGAAUCUGAGUUUUUACAAAAACGAAAUUAACUUUAAGCCUCGUGGUGUAUAUAUUGACACCCUCCUUAAAGAUUGGUGCCAUGAUUAUGAGACGUUGGAAGAAAACCAUUCCUACAUACAAUGGUUGUUUCCGCUGCGUGAACGUGGGAUGAAUUGGCAGGCAAAGCCCCUCACGUGUAAAGAAAUCCAGGCCUUUAAGAAUUCAGAGGAAGUUAUGCAAAGAUUCAUAAAAGCGUACGAACUCAUGCUGGGGUUUUAUGGAAUAACUUUGGCAAAUCGAGAAACUGGGGAAGUCGAAAGAGCAGAAAACUGGGAGGAGAGAUUUCACAACCUGGACAGGUUUAGCCACAAUAACUUGCGGAUAACACGCAUCCUGAAGUGUCUAGGUGAGAUGGGGUACGAACACUAUCAAGUAUGUCUAGUUCAGUUUUUCCUAAGAGAAACCCUUGUUUGGAAGAUGCUCCCCAACGUUAAGAGAAGCGCCUUGGACUAUUUCCUCUUCACCAUCCGAAACAAGGAAAAGAGAAGAGAACUGAUCCAUUAUGCAUGGCAGCACUUUAAACCUCAGAAUAGGUUUGUAUGGGGGCCACAUCAGAAGCUCCUGAAGUACAGAUGUAGGCCAUCAAAGUCUCAGUGCUGCCAAAAGACUGAAGAGGAACAGGAGCCCGUCAGAGGAAAGGAGAGAGAGGCAGGAGGAAAGGAGGAAAGCAAACUAAAUGGGGAAGAGAGAGCUGGAGAUGCUGCAGACUUGCAGACCAGAAAGGUGACUGAGGAACGCGAAUCGGAGAAGUUAAGUGAAUGUGAUCACGCUACAGACAAAGGAGACGGUGAAGAAGAGACGCAAGCCUUGCUGCCCCAGCUAGAAGAGAAGGAUCCAGGUACUGAGGCUCUUGGCUUGGGGGAUAGAGCAGAGAAUGACUAUCUAAAGGAAAGCAAGAAAAGAAAGCUGGAUAAAAACAGCAAGUGCACGGGUCUAUUGAAAAGUCCCACUGACAUUGAGAAGAUUUCUCAUAACCUAGGAGAAUGUGUUCUCAAUCAAGAGAACACAGAGACACUACCAGCCUUGCAGAAAUGCGAUGCCCUAGUGAUGCCUGAAGAAGAGAGCGUGGGUACGGACAGCUUAAUGGAGCCUGAAUCAUCUGAUGCGGCCAUAAAGAGGAGGAAAGUGGAUGAGACGACACCACAAAACGAGUCUUUAAACACAGCCAUAAACCUGAAUGCAGAGUCUCCUCCCUGCAGUGCCCAGGUAACCAGUCCAGAUCCUGUAAGCCAAGGGGCUGAGAAAGAAGAACUGAGUGAGGAGAAGCAAGCUGUGGAAGAAAGCAGCAUGCAAACCCCAUGUAGCGCUGAGUUGGCUGGCUCUGAGGAUGGCCUGCCCUUGCCAGGAGAGGACGACUCAGUGCCAGGCAGAGAAAAUGCUAAAAUAGAGAGUGACAAGAGCCAGCCUGACAAGACUCUACCAGGAACCAAAAGCCAGGCACACAGUCUCAGGCUGGAAGAAGAGGCAGAGGAUGCGAAUAUAAAAAGGGAAGACAAAGCCUCAGGUGGGGUCCAGGGCCAAGCAACUCCCCCUGAGGAGAGCACGGGACAUCUUGCCAAUGCUGGGAAUAUAAUACAGGAAACAGGCGGCUCUGGGGAUUCAUGCAUAUUAAAGUACGACUUUGCAAACCGAUUUCCAGUUUCAUUUGUUGAUGUUUUAAAGGAUGCCUCCUGA